AUGGAUGAAGCGACAGAAUCGGGGAUUGUGUUUGGGAACUUGGUCCCACUUCCAUAUAAAGUUAUCUUUGCAUUACAAUUAGGGGUUUUCCUAUGGUAUUUACUAGUCAGAUAUUGUUAUGAAAAUCAAAAAUUGAACAUUUUAUCAUUAUUAAAUUUAUCAUAUUCCAAUCACAACUAUUCCCACUUGGAUGGACUGAUUCAAGCCAGUGCCACUGGAGAAUACUCCACUGCAAAUCCAGCGGAUGUUAAGGAGAACCUUGUGUUAAUUCGAGGUAUUAAAGCAUCUUUGAAAAAAUUAGCAACAAUAAAUUUAAUAUCAUAUUUGAUUUAUGUUUUAAUUGGCUUGAAAAAGGAUCAAAAUGUUAUUUUAUACCCGAUCCAUGUAAUGCUUCCGUAUAUUACAAUUGGGUACGGUUUCCAGCGAUUGUUUUGGUAUUCAAGAAAGAAGGAAACUUUUGGGCAAUACCGGAUGUAUACGACGGUUAAGAGAAUAUUGAUGGGAGGAAUUAACUCCCAAACCAUGAGAACAAACGAUAUUUUAAUAUCAGAUAGCUUAACGUCUUAUUCCAAAGUGUUAAAUGAUUUGAGUUUAUUCGUAUGGAGUACUUUUAGUAAUGAAGUAUAUAAUUCUAAGAUUGAAUUUAUCGUAUUGGCAAUUCCAGGAUUAAUAAGAAUGAAGCAGUGUUGGUUUGAAUACAAAUUGACUAAACAGAAACAACAUUUAUUUAAUUUUUUAAAAUAUUUCAGUGGAUUAGUACCAAUUUUGAUAAAUUUAUUAAUCAAGUUAAGGUUACUGAAGUUAAAUCCUGAAAAUUCUCAAGAUAUUUCUCAAACGCAAUUAUUAGAAAGCUUGAAGUGGUUGAAUACUUGUUGGUAUUUUGCUUCUAUCGUCAACUCUACUUAUUCAUUUAUCUGGGAUGUUCGAAUGGAUUGGGGGUUUCAAUUAUUUGAACUAAUUUUCAAAUCAGAAACCACCUUCAUCCCUCUUAGACCUUGGAACCAACUAGUUUAUAAGAAUUUGAUUGGCUACCACUCAAUCAUAAUGACAGAUUUCGUCUUGAGGUUUCUCUGGGUUUUCAAAAUAUUCAUUAUAAAAGAUCAGCAAAAUUUAACCGUAUUCAAUCAUUUGGGUCAGUUUUUAUUUGGUAAUGAUGUAUAUUCUUUUGGUUAUACAAUUGUUGAAAUACUAGAAAUUUUUAGAAGAUGGUUAUGGUGUUUUUUAAAAUUAGAAAGUGAUUGGGUUAAAUUACAAAAAAUUGAAACAAUCAAUAAUUCAUUACCAAAUGAAAAUAUCGAAAUGAAUUCAUUUAAAAAUGGUUAA